GUGUAAUACACACAGCGGCACCGAGUGCAGUCAACGUAGACGUCGUAGACGAACAGCGGGGGACGAGCAGCGAGGGGCUAGGUGCGCGUCGUCACCGGGGGAGCGUGUGUAUACGGUAUAUAGUGUACCCGACAUGGCGGCGGCGGCGGCCUUGUCGUCGCUCGAGCUGAGCGCCGCCUCUUGCAACAACAGUAGCGUUAUAAGCGGCGGUGGAGCCGGUAGCAGCAGCAGCAAUAGCAGCAUCAGCAGCAGUGCCGGCACUAACCCCACAUUGGCUAAUGGUACUGUUGGAAGUGGUACCACGGGUCCGGUAACCCUUUCGGUGUCGCGCGCUCGUCGUCGUCCGGCUCGAUACUCGCCUGAGCCGAUAAUCUCAAACACGAGCAUCAACAGCAGCAGCAGCAGCAGCAACAACAGCCACCACAGCAGUAAUGUCCUGCUGCAGCAGCAGUUGUCCGAUACGAGUGGCACGGCUGAGGCCCUAAGGGAUCAUCGUGAUGCCUUGGUCGAGCACGAACAGCUGAUGCUUCAUCAACAACAACAACAACAGCACCAGGAGGGCGACAACAGCGAGGAGGAGAGCAACGGAGCCCUGGUUAACGGGGAAAUGGCACCAGCCGCUGCUGUCGCUCCCACGAGGAGGAACAAGCACAGGACGAAGCGCAAGUACAAGAAAAGACAGCAGCCGAACCAGAGCGUCGAAGACGGGAGCAAGAGGCCGCGCGUGGCAAAUGUUCUGCUUGAAAAUGAGAUGCUCAUCGACGAGAUCAGGGACAGAAAGGCCCUGUGGAUGAGGACCCACGAGCAGCACCACUCGAGUUUGCUCACGGCACCGCUUUGGGAAGAGAUUGCCAAGACCUUGGAUACCACACACGAAAACAUUCGACGGAGAUGGAAAAGUUUAAAGGAUCACUACAGGCGAGAACUGAAGAAAUCCAUGACAGAUCCAACCGCGCCACCGUCGUCCUGGCCCUACUACAAGAAGAUGCGCUUCAUGAAGAGCCAAAUGUUUGUGUCGCUACGCCGUAAAAACGGCGAGGAUCACCUCGAAAUUUUGAGCGACGAUGAAGACGAGAUGAGCAACCAGUGGAAUGGUCGAGUGGUCACAAGCAAGAUGGAAAAUGGCUCUGAUACAAUGGAUGCCUACGAGCUUAGUCAAAACUACAACGAAAUGGUCAAGUACGAGCAGCAUCUGCAACAGCUCAACCAAGAAGGUGAACUCGAGGGACCAGAGGAGGAGGAAGAGGACGACGAGGAGCACCCAGAGGAUCAAGACGAUCAGGACGAACAGAGCCACAUAUCGCCCAUACCCACGUUACAGAGCGAAGAGGAGCACCAGCUCUCGGCGCUGCAGCAACAGGCAGAGUUGACGAGGCUGCAGCAGCAGCAACAGCAACAACAACAGCAGCAACAGCAGCCGGUGAUAACUAGCGACAUAGCGACCAUGACGACGAUGGUCAAUGGUAUCCCAGCCACAAUUGUCACCACCACCUCGGGCAGCCUGUCUGCACAACAGCGCGAACAACUGACGAACCAGCUGAGCGAGCUGCAACAGCAGCAGCAACAGCAGCAUCAUAUUAAUGCCGCGAUACAGCGAGGUCAGUCGCGCGAGAUCUCCCAGGAGGAGGAAGAUGAGGAGGAGGAAGAGGACGACAAUCUCGCCGAGAUGAACGCAAGGCACUCGCAGCUGGCGCAGCAGCGUGCCUCGAUAAACAACCAGCUGAACGACAUACAACGAAGGGUGAAUAUGUCGGCUAUCCAUCAGCGAGCCAACAUCACGGCCAUGCACAGGAAUGCCGAGAUUACGACGAUGCAACAUCGGGCAGAGAUGCAGCAGCAACGUAAUGGCGGGUUGGAUAACACGAGCGGCGUGGAGAUAAGCGACGAGAGGGGAGCCAUUUCAGACGAUUAUCACUUUUUUAUGAGCCUCAUGCCACAUGUCAGACACUUUACGUCGCUCCAGAAGCUCAAAGUUCGAAAUCGUAUACAACAGAUAAUUAUCGAGGAGGCGUCCAAUGGACCACAGUACGAUCCACUAGCGAACUGUUGAGGCUAGUGCGCGUAGUGAGUGUGCAUAUGGACAUACUGGUGAAAGUAUGCGAGUGCAUCCAUUGAUAUCGGAGAACCAAAGUUUUGUGCAUUUUUUUUAUGAAAGUUGAACGAUUGUAUGUUUUUAGGGUGUGUGCGUUUUGCUUUUACCGAUUAUGAUUUCGAAUACUCAUGUUUGAUAACAUUGGUAUCUCUGGCUAUUAUUACUCGAUGGUAUAAAUUUUUAUUAUUUGUCCACCAUGUAAACAUUUAUCAUUUUAUGUAGCGAGUGCAUAUUGUAUAAAUUGACAGCGUUUUGUGUAUCAUAAUUUUACAACAUAUCCGAGAGAUGCAAUUUAUUUAGCAGAACAGAAUUGAAACCGAAUUACUGUUCAAUAAACAAAAUUUACCAAAAAAUUAAAAAAAAAAACAAACAAACAAAAUAAACCAUGUACAUAGAUAAUCAUAAUUAUCACGUAAUGAACCACGUAAUAUCAGAUCUGUUGAUGUGUAACUGUCACAGUUCAGUUGACAAAUAAACUUUGCAUAAAACUUUUGAAA